CCCUGACUUCCAUCCAUAAUUAAUCUGAUUCCUGAACAUACUUAGCUCCUUGCACGGAAAGAAUAAAAACCUCAAGCUUCGAAUCCAGCGGCCAGUCGCGUGCGCUCUUUCCCUCUCAGUUGCAUUUUGACGCUUACUCCCUUCCUCUUCCAACCUAACACACGAUGGCGGCUGCAUUUUCUAACUCAGAGCAUAACUAUCCUUAUUUGGACUCCGCUGGCUACCCUCACUUGGCGCCAUCGUCCUACGAAGUGCAGGAUCCAAAUUUCUACGCUCAAAAAUCAUCCGAGUUCCAUUAUCAGCCGACAUACGAUGAAAUACAGUAUUCAUCAUUAAUCCAGGAAUCUGGGUCGAUAAAUUCUGAGCAUCAUCGUCUGUACGAAGAUUCACUCGCGUUGGAGUCACAAUUCGCAUGUCGUCCAGACUACGUUGACGACGUCCCACAAUCUGUGUUUUCCUGGCCUGUGGAGUACUUCGUUGCUCCCGCAGGUGCUGACUUCGUUUCUGAGUCGUUUCUUCUUUCACCGAGUACGCCGGACUUAGUUCAUAGCCCUGCCUCAACUGGUAGUUUGGAUGAAUCAUUUGGAAAUGUCUUUGAUAUGCAAUUUGGCACUGUCAUUGGCUGUCAACCGUCUUAUCAACCACAUGCAAGUGGUAGCGGCAGUGAGUCUGCAUCGUCGUCACCAACACUUGAUUCGUGGCCACCUAUUCGAUCCUCUCGACCAUCCUCUACAAAUCGCACUCCCUCACCCCCUUCAGAUUCCGGUUCUAGUUCCCAUUCUGAUCAUCGACGACGAUUCCCUUGCCUACUAGCCGGGUGUUCGCGCAGGUUCACCAGUCAAUACACGCUCAAAGUCCACAUGGAGGCCCACAAGCCGAAGCCCAAAGUGUCUUUCCUUUGCACACUGGGGUGCUCAGAGCGCUUCUCCCGUCAGCACGAUCGCUUACGACAUGAAGUGGCAAAGCAUGGAAAGAUCUGUGAAUUUUCGUGCGACGAUUGUGGAAGGUUUUUCUCUACGAGCAAGACGCUUGGAAAUCACAGAUGCCCCGUCGCUCAAGGGAGUACACGUUGGGUCCACAGCCAGUAAAGCCAUCGAGAUGUCUUCUACGUACUAAAAUAUUUCCAUUCCUUUGAAUAUACAUAAAUCUUACAUUCUUUAGUACUUCCCCCAUACUGUAUAAUUCCUAAUCUACUGUUGUACUUGAUAUGUAGGAUGUAUAUCGCAGUCCUCGUGAGCCCUUUUCUGUGGCAAUAUACGUGUCGCAUUUUUCCCCGCUCUUUAUGGUUUUUCGAUAAGUUCGUACUUUGUAGGUUACAAGGUUCAGGAUGAAUAAUAUAUUCCCUUUAUGGUUUUUCAUUUGAGUUUGUAUGUAGGUUAUAAGGUUCAGGAUGUACAGUAUGUAGACCCGUGGCGCUUGG